GAUAGUUUCGGAGGCGGAAACCAGGAUAUUCUCCGACCCAAAGUCGCUGCUUAUAAAUGUGUCAUUUCGAUCACAGGUUUCUAGAGGAUUGAAGAUAUCUGACAUGAUUAGGAAAAGUAAAGCGACAGGAGGUCGGAGAUGUUAAGCGGCACGACAGCUUGUCCGUGCGUAAAAUGGAUCCGGUUCCGUCGGUUUGAAGGGUCGCUGUCACAGUUCUGAGCGCUCCAGCACUACUGAGGACAUUUUACUCCAAAUUUAGAUCUCAGCACCGUCUAAGAUCAAAGUCACACGUCGGUGUUGAUUGUUUAAAAGGUCUUUUCAUACUCAGUUCCGGUUCUGUGAAAGAUGUCAGAGAGGCAGCCAUGGUGGAAGGCGUUCUUGCCAAAGAAGAAGAGCUCAGGCCACAAGGACGCAGGUUUGUCCCACACUUUUGGCCCUGACUUUGACCCUUUUGCUCAACGGCCUGAGAAGUCCAAAGACCCUGCCGCUGCAGCAGCCUCCAAACCAGCCACUGACCACGCCGACUGUCAGACAGAUUCCAGUAACAGCCCCAGUUUCAGGGACACCUACGACGAUUCCCAUCUGGAUUCAUUCUUCAAUGAGCAAACGUGCCGCCGAAACAUGGACAUCUCGCGCUCAGGUCGAUUCAAAGUAAAGAGAUCACGCUACCGCAUUCCUUUACAAGAGAAAGAGACAGAGAGAGGGACGGCUGGCAAAGAGGACGUACGGUACCAGGGAGGUAUAGGAAGAAUGAACACAGACUGAUGAUGCUUCAAGAUGGCAAAGAUUCAUAGUCUUGAAGCAAGAAGUUCGAUUGGAUCAAGAUGACAAAUGGUGUUCCAAGUUCUAAUUAUUAUUUAGAACAGAAAUACAGGAAUCCAGUUGUGUAGUGCACCUUUACAAAAA